ACGAUUGCAUGAAGAAGGUGUCACUUUCCAUUUCCUAUUUUCAGCAGCAUUCGGAGGCCUCUGGUGAGGGAGAAGCAGAAAGAACAGCGCAGGGCAAACAAUGGCUGAGAACAUCUACGAGAACCUGCAGAGGGCUCAACGGGAGGGAAUAACGUUAAAAGAACCAACUCGUCCUCCGCCUUCCAAGAGAAGCACCUCCAUCAUCACCCUCCUAGCCAUCCUGACUCUACUCCUGGCUGUUUUGCUCACUGCAGUGACCGUCCUGUUUUUCCAGAAGGAGAGGACGCUGCAGGCACCUGAAGGUCUAGCUCCGAAAUACAGCAUCAGUCUCCAUCUCUGCAACGUCUCCAAUGCCUCGCUGGAGGAAUCCAAGAGAUUUCAGCCAUUGCAGAACGUAAGUGUGAGUUUCUCUGAGAUCCAGGCCUGUUUGGAGAGCGCCGUAGCAUCCCAAACAUCUCUACAAGAGCGUUACGGGACUCUACUGGGAUUGGUCUCUGCCGGCUGGAGGUUUCACAAUGGGAGCUUCUACUUCUUUUCGCAAGAGACUAAGCAUUGGCAGGAGGCUGAAGAGACCUGCGUGUCCCACGGGGCGCACCUCACCUCUGUCGCCUCCAAGGAAGAGAUGGAAUUUCUUGUCAGGGAGGGCAAAGGGAAGACAUUUUGGAUCGGACUCACUGAUCAAAGGGAAGAAGGCAACUGGACUUGGACAGAUGGCACAACAUACAACCACCAAAGAACCAGCCCCGUGGUCUUCUUCCUGGCUGUGCUGGUGGUCCUGCUGGCUGCCUCGCUGGUCGCAGUGGGCACCCUGU